AUGCCCUGGUUUCGGAGGAGCUCUUUCCGGCUACCAACGCCAGCGCAAGGUCGCGAGCAUGUCGGAGAAGUUCCUCAAAACUUUCGCAGUCAGCUGGUGCAUGAGCUGAGUCACUACGAGGUCGAGAGAAAGUAUGACACUCGUCAAUUACUCGGACAAGGCUCAUAUGGGUCAGUUUAUCUCGUUUACGAGAAGUCGACGCAGCAGAAGAGGGCCUCCAAAUCCAUUACCAGGCCUGAGGGAUGGGGACGCGAACGAUUCCGCAUGGAAGGAUUGGUUAUGCAGAAUUCGGAUCAUCCGCAUAUUCUCCGAUUGUUUGAGUGGUUCGAGAACGGCGAUCAGGCGACGCUGAUUUGCCAAUUCUGCGAGGGCGGCGAGCUUUUAAGCGCCAUCCGCAAGGGCAGAGCGAGGGGCGCUGUCCUGGAGGAGUCGUGGGCUGCGCGUGCACUUCGCCAACCUUUUCAGGCGCUUGUGUACCUGCACAACAAGGGCAUUGUACACAAAGAUCUAAAAGUCGAGAAUCUUCUAUUGUUGCGGAGUAUUGUAGCCGAUGAUGGCAAUGCUUUUUGUCGGCUUCCACAUGUUGUAGUUUGCGACUUCGGCACUGCCGAAAUUUGUGUGCGAGGGCUGUCGAGCCCGUUUGUUGCGCGUGGCUCAAAGGUUGCGGGAACUCCGGCGACUAUGUCUCCAGAGUGUUUGCUGGGCAAUGUCAGUGCGAAGUCUGACAUAUGGAGCAUGGGAUGCGUCAUGUUCGAGAUGUUCGCAAAUUCCUUGCCAUUCCAUCUAUCUGGGAGUAUGGCCGAUGCCGAGAUGCAUCAGGAUGCCUGGAUCCAGUUGCACAAGCAGGGUCCGAAGUGGGAGCGUCUCCGAUGCAGCGCUUCUGCAAAAGACCUAUGCCAAAGGCUACUGAGUUUCAGGGAAGUGGGUCGACCCAGCGCAGCAGAGUGUCUCAAGCAUACCUGGAUCAAGCAGCAAAAGGGCGACCUUGGAAAAGACGAAAAACUUUUCCUACGUACAGCGCUGACCCGUUGGGCGAGCACCAGUCCAUGUGGGAAAGCGCUGUUCCUGAAGAUGGCUUCGACGUGCGCAUUUGUCGACCGCUUUGCCGAGGCUUUUUCCAAGCUUGAUUCCGAUGACAAUGGCAUGCUGGAGAGAAGUGAGGUGUUCAAUGCAGCGCAGAUGCUCGGAAUUCAAAAAGAUGCGGCGAAAAAGCUGGUUGACGCACUCGACCAAAACCGUGACGGUUCGAUCCAGUUUCUGGAAUUUUGUGCUGCCUGUCUCCUGGCCUCGACGGACGAGCUCCAGGGCUUGCUGUUGCAGGAGUUUCAGGCGCUUGGCGCUGGGGAGAAAGGUUGCCCGCGUCAAGUGGUGCACAUGUUGCUCAAGGACCUGCGACCUUUAGUUGCAGACUCCGGCGGUCACUUCCCUGAGGAGGUGAAGAAGGACAGCAUGGUGUGCCUGCAGGUCCAUAGGGUCUGUUUUGGCAUUUUAAUUGUUUGGGCCGUUGCGGAUCGGCUUGCCCCGCCCCUAUGGCACUCUGCGCAUAUCAACAUUUGUAAUGUGUAG